AUGUUCAAGAGAUUGGCUCUACCAAUAGCGGUAGCUCACAGAUGCUUUCGACGAACAUCUCUGUCCAGGUAUCAUAACAGGAAAGUUUCAGCUAGGAUCUUUGAGGAUGAAAGCUGGCUGGUGACAAAGCCCAAACUGAACAACCUACCGAAGGGUGCAACCAAGGAAUCUUCAUUUGUGCAAUAUGAGUUUACUGGUUUGAAUCCAACGUCGCUGUAUCAUCGAGAUCCAAUGUUCAAGAAUCUUUUGGAUCGAUCGAUUCAGCUCAUUUACAAUGAGAAGGUAACUGCAGAUAGUGCAGAGGAUAAUACUAAGUUUCUGGCAUGGCUAAAGCUUCGAGAUUAUCUAUAUGAAGGUCUGAAGGAUCCGAAGUUGACGAGCAACACUGAAAACUACCGGCCUACUUUGCAACAGACAGUGAGGCCGACCGAGCCUAGUAAGCUGGUCCUUCAAUUGCUCAAAACUGAUGAAAUCGAAGAUUCUGUAUGGAAUAAGAUACUUUCCAAGAAAGAAGCUAUCACAGUACAGGACAAGUACGUUUAUCUUUUGCGUCAAAUGUAUAAUUACAUCUAUGGCCAAGAAAUUGUGCCUAAGAUGGCACACACAAGAGAAAUCAGGGGGUCUCAUGAUGUUGACAUAUCAAACCCUACUGAAUGGUUUCCUGAGGCGAGAAAGAUGAAACGCCAUAUAAUAAUGCAUAUCGGACCGACAAAUUCUGGUAAGACCUACAAUGCCCUGCAAAAGCUGAAAAAUGCGGACCGAGGAUACUAUGCGGGUCCGCUAAGACUGCUUGCCAGAGAAAUAUACGAUAGAUUUCAAGAAGAAGGAGUGCGAUGCAACUUAUUGACCGGAGAAGAAGUGAUUCAAGAUCUCGAUGCCGCCGGAAAUCCCGCAGGUAUAACGUCUGGUACAGUAGAAAUGGUUCCUCUAACGCAAAAUUACGAUGUAGUUGUCCUCGAUGAGAUACAGAUGAUGGCGGACGCCGAUCGUGGCUGGGCUUGGACGCAUGCGCUGCUAGGCGUGAGGGCUCGUGAAAUCCAUCUAUGUGGAGAGAAGAGUACUCUACCAGUGAUAAAAAAAAUUGCCAGCAUGGCAGGUGAUAGACUAACUAUUAAUGAAUACAAGCGACUCGGUGAGCUUGAGGUUGAAACAACUGUGCUAAAGAAAGGACUGAAGAGUUUGCGGAAGGGUGAUUGUGUGGUUGCGUUUUCGAAGAAAAGGAUCCUUGAUCUGAAACUAAAGAUAGAACGGGAAACGAAUCUACGGGUGGCAGUCAUCUAUGGCUCUUUGCCUCCUGAGACGAGAAUCCAGCAAGCCAAACUUUUCAACACUGGCGAGUACGAUGUUCUGGUUGCCUCCGACGCCAUUGGUAUGGGACUCAAUCUGUCAAUCGAUCGAGUCGUAUUCACCACAGACCUCAAGUUUAAUGGCCAAGAAAUGGUGGAUUUAACGUCUUCCAACAUGAAGCAAAUAGGCGGAAGAGCGGGGAGAUUUAAGGCGAACGCGGGGAACGGCGAGAUUCCUAAGGGAUCGAUAACCGCUUUGGAGCCCAGAGUCCUGACCUCUGUUAGACGAGGCAUUGAAGCGCCUAUCAGCUACUUGCAGACCGCGGUUAUCUGGCCUACCGACGAAAUCUGCGCAAGAGUAGCGACUAAGUUCCCACCGGGAACCCCUACAAGCACCGUAUUAAGAACAAUCGCCUUACAGCUAGAGCAGCGAUCGGAUAAGCUGUUCACGCUAUCAGACCUGAAGAACCGGCUCAGCGUUCUACAGGUCUUCGAGCACAUGGACAGUCUGCCGUUCUUGGAAAAACUGCGAUUGAGCAACGCCCCAGUGAAGGAUCUAACCAUGGUGAAGCGAGCAUUCUACAAAUUUUGCGAGACCAUCGCCAAGAGACAAACCAGAGGUCUGCUCACCUAUCCAUUCCCCUUCGAAGUCCUCGACUUUAGAUGCAUAGCAGACGAAAAAUUCACUCUCGAACUGUACGAAUCCCUCUACAACAUCAUUAUGAUCUAUUUCUGGCUGAGCAAUAGAUAUCCGAACUUUUUCAUUGACCUCGAGUCUGCUAGAGACAUGAAGUAUUUCUGCGAAUUGAUCAUCUUUGAGAAACUCGACCGUCUGAAAAAAAAUCCUUACGACAAGAAAGGUCUAAUGAGCACAAGACAAGGCUCCCGCUAUAAGCCAAAAGCAUCCUACUCUAGGAGAUCAACCAACAAUUUCAAGAACCAUUACUAG